CACAAAUCUGAAAUCUGCAGAAAAAAUGAAAAUAUAGUGUGAUAAGUCAGUUGUGGAAAAUCGACGAAUGUACAAAAAACAUUAUUAGAAAAAAGGAAUACAGUAGAAGUGAAAAGAAGUUUGUUAUUUUGUGGCAUAAAGUAAAAUUGAAUCAAUAUUGCUUUCUAUCGAAUACGUGAUAUUAAAAUAGUAAAUUUUGUUUACGUAGUAAACAUAAGGGGUGUGAAGGAGGUGAUCCUUGCAACCAACGAAUUGGUCAAGCUAAAUCCUAGUGACGUCAUCACAUAUAUUUACGCCACGCCUUGAAAUGAGUGGCAAAGUUCGUUUAAAGGAAAAUGGGUAUCUCGAUGAAGACCCAAUGACACUGCAAGAUAUCAUUUAUAAAUAUAUAUGUGAAAACCUAGAUGUAAUAAGUUCACCCAACAUGUGUGGCACCCUACGUCAACUAAAUGAGGGCAUCGUUCUUCCAAAUGACAUUUGCGACCGACUGUUAAAAGCAUGUCAACGUUUUCGUCGCCAAUUGAGUGAUGAUGUGAUAAAUAUUUUUCAGGAUAGGACACGAACCUCGUUAAAAAUUGUGCACUUGAGAAAUAGUACUUUGACUAAUACAGGUUUGGAGAUGAUUAUGCGCCACAAGUUGUAUUCCCUUACGCUAUGGUACUGUAAUCAAAUAAAUGUGCAAUCGGCCCAGCUGCUAACGUUAUACGGUGAAGGGCUCCGCUCGUUAGAACUCGGUAUUAAUGCGCACAUGCUGCAAAACUCUGAGCCGAAUGAGAAAGAGCCCGUAGAUUUUGAGUUCAAUUGCCCGCAUCUUCGCCGAUUAGUUUUAAAUGGUGUAGUGCUGCAUAAUGGCUUGCAACUCAAUUGCCUGCUCGAACUGACCCAUCUCGAUUUGACAUCCUGCGUAUUAGUGGGUUUCAGUUUGGAAGUGCUAGCAAGCCUGCCACUACUGCACACCUUAAUCUUAUUUAAUGUGUGGCCAAUCGCUAAUCAAUUACAAGCAAUUUGCUUGUUGCGCCGAUUGCGUUCAUUGGACAUUUCAAUUAGUAAUUCUGGCAAUGGACAUGGAACCUACGAUUUGCCCGACCAAACGCUGGAAAUGAUAAUGAAUAACUUACGAGAACUUACGCACUUAGAUAUUUCGGGUACAAAUCUAGCUGGUAAUGGGGUGGCAACUAAAGAAUCGAAUUUUAAAUUGCGCACCGACAUACCGGGGCUGGAAUCGCGAAUACAGCGACCAUUACAAUUUUUGGGUCUCUAUCAUACAGCGCAUUCGGCUUGUAAACGUCACGAUAUACCGGCGAAUGAGAUCGCGGGCGACGCCGAUGAACAUCAAAUACUUACUGCGGCAAGGUAUUACUACGACAGACCAAUGCUUCUAACGAGAGUUUUAAAUGACCUCUACCACCUUUUCCGAUUUGAAAUCUGUAAGGAUAUACAUCUGGCAUUGGAUGCAGUGCUUACAGCUAUGGAUAGGCAUUUAAAAUUCAAGCAUAUGCAAAUUUCGGGAAGUGCUACGCUGUUUUACAUAGUUAAAGGUCGCGAUCGCUCAAAAUUCGGCACUCCCUUGCGCCAUCACAUUAUUCGUACCCUACUCAACGGAAUGGAGACGCAUCUUACUGAUGAUACCAUGCUUCGAAAUGGUUAUCUCACGUUAACACAAUUCCAGAUGCCAAAUGAUGUCCUGUUCGUGUAUGAGCGUCUCAUAAAGGUCUUACUGCAUGGUGUCUCGAAGACUGAGCAGGAGGGCUUUGUGCAGAGGAUAGCAAUAUAUUUAUUGAACACUUUAGCGUGUCAAGUGGAUGGCAAGCAAAAACUGUUCUUAGGCGAGUUGGGUGUCGUUAGUACAAUGUUAAACUUAAUUAAGGAUCGUUUAACGCGGUCGGUAUUCGAUGAUGUCAUGGAAGUGGCAUGGUCAACAAUGUGGAAUGUAACCGAUGAGACUGCAAUAAAUUGUAGAAGAUUUUUGGAGGGACGCGGAAUGGAGUAUUUCUUAAAAUGCCUGCGUGUAAGUAAAACCUAUCUCUCGAAUCGCCGUUUAUACCUCUUCAAUUAUGUACGUUUACUAAAUCUGUUGCAGACCUUCCCCGAUCGUGAUGAGUUAUUGAGGAAUAUGAUGGGUCUCUUGGGUAAUGUCGCGGAAGUUAAAUCGUUGCGACCAAAACUUAUGACACAAGAAUUUAUAGAAGUCUUUCGUAAUUUAUUAGUCUCGGCAAGCGAUGGUAUCGAAGUAAGUUACAAUGCGGCGGGUGUGCUGGCGCACAUCGCUUCGGACGGACCUGAAGCAUGGACAAUACCGUCGCCAAGCCGGGACAGCGUACUCAUACGCUUGGUGGAAGCCAUUAGACGUUGGGAUAUAAAAAGUGAAAGGAACAUUAAUUAUCGUAGCUUUGAGCCGAUUUUGGGAUUGGUACGCUGCUAUGAGACGCCUCAGUGUCAACACUGGGCUGUUUGGGCUCUAGCCAAUUUGACGCAGGUUUACCCAGAAAAAUAUUGCCAGCUGGUGAAGGAGGAACACGGUAUUGAAAUAUUGACUGAACUGAUCCAAGAUCCACGACCAUACGAGGAUAUAAAAUUAAUUGCGCGCAAAGUAAUUGAAAAGUGUACACAUUGGCCUAAUUGGUCACUAGACGGUUAAAAUCGAGACAGUUGUGUAAAUUAAUGAAAAAUCAAAAUUGGUGAGAGUUGGGUAGAGAAUAUCACCGAAUAACAAGUGAGCUAAGCUAACUAAUUAGAGCUAACGGAAGCGAUCGGCGCUCGCAUAGGCAUAUACGAGCGAGUAUAGGAAUUUGUGUAAAUUUGUUCUCUGCUUCCUCUUAAGAAAUGUUUAUUUUUAAAUGGUAUACUGUUUAUUUAAAUUAUACACAAACGAUUAUAUUACAUUAUUAUUAAACAAUGUAAAAUUAUUAACGUAAGACCGAAGUCGCGAUAAGAAAUUCAUGGGUUAAGUAAGCUAAAUAAUAAUAAUAAAAAAGAAAACAGUGAAUUUGCGGCAAAGCAAUGUACGGGGACACGACUUCAUCGUUCCAAUGUUUACGUCGCAUGUAUAUAGGUUAUGUUUGCUCGAACUAAGCUAUUUAAUAAUCAAUUAGAGAAACUUCACAAAUAACAUUGCUUAUGGGAGCUGUUCGCAACUGUGGCGUUUUUUCAUUAUGAACUCAAAGAGAUUAACCGCUCAUUUAAAGAAAUGAGUAAUCGCAAAAAAAAUAUACAUACAUGUAUGAAAAAAUGUAUGAGAAAACUCUACCCUAGGUGGUGUUCUUAGCGUUAAUAUAUAUACAUAUGUAUUCAAACAUUUAUCAUUCAUUACAUAGGUCAUGUAAAAAACAUAUUUCAUACCAGUUUAUUGCAGAUUCGCUCACCAUUACAUAACAUAACAUAAUAUACAAUGUAAAUUCAUUAUGAAA